GUAUGCUAGCAAACAACGGUGCUAAUAACAGUGGUGGAGCGAUUUAUGUUUCUUUAAGCAGUGUGGUGUCCAUCACCAACAGCGUGCUGACAAACAAUAGUGCUGACAUUGGUGGAACAAUUUAUAUUUCCUCAAGCAGUGCGUCAAUCUCCAAUAGUACACUGACAAACAACAGAGCUGGCUCUGGUGGAGCGAUUGGUGUUUACUCAAGUAAUGUGUCCUUCUCCGACAGCAUGUUGACAAAUAACAGUGCUGACCAUGGUGGAGCGAUUGAUAUUUUCAAUAGUCGAGUCAAGUUUAACGGACCUACAAGACUCAGUAACAAUCGUGGUGGUGUGUUGGGUGGAGCCAUUAAAGCAGUCCAGAGUGAAAUGUACAUUAACACAGAAAGAACAAUCAUAACCAACAACACAGCUACCUCUGGAGGAGGGAUAUUUCUAGGAGAGAGUACACUCUUUAUAACCAAGCCAAUAGAGAUCUAUCACAACACAGCACACCAGGAUGGUGGAGGAAUUUAUGCAUAUUCCAGUAGAGUUGAAUUCCGAUCAAAUAAACAAAGUGAGAUUGUUUACAAUAUUGCAGAGAAUAAUGGUGGAGGUAUUUAUGCAGCAGCUACAACCAUUAAACUAACUCAAUCAUAUGUCAACAUUGACUCAAACACAGCUAAAGCUAAAGGAGGUGGAGUGUACCUACAGCAAAGUUCAAAACUAUACCUGUUUAAAGAAGUCUUCGAAUAUCUGGCUAAUAAUUCUAACUAUCAAUUAUUGUAUGUGAAGUUAAUGAUUAACAACAACUCGGCACAGCAUGGAGGGGGGAUAUUCGUAGCGGAUGACACUGAGAGUGGUACCUGCAGAGGAGAGGGCACAGAAUCCAGACAAACCAUUUUUGUUGAUUGUUUUAUUCAAACUAUUAACCUGUAUGGGAGAGGCAAUAAUCCAAACUAUUUCAACACAUUCAUGACUAACAACACAGCUACCCAGUCAGGAGCAGACAUCUACGGAGGUCUAUUGGACAGGUGUACAGUAAGUAAACUUGCUGAAUAUCACAUUUCUUCAAAUGGAUCUGGAUUGAAUUACAUAAAUAAUACCGUAAAAUCCCCCAGCGAGUUAUCAAUUUCUUCGAGACCUGUUAAAGUAAUUUUUUGUAAUAAUGGCAGUAUUUCUACUAGAAAGGGACACUUGUUUAAAAUCAGCAUUAUGGCUGUUGACCAAGUUGGAAAUCCAAUGAAUGCCACAAUUCGCAGUUCUGUUGUCAGUGAGAGUGGAUUUGAUCGUCUCAACGAAGGACAAGAAAAACAAACAGUUGGCGAUCAGUGCACAGAAUUAGAGUACAAUGUAUUCUCACAAGACAACUCUGCUCAAGUGGAACUGUAUGCUGAAGGUCCAUGCAUUAAUUUGGGAAUUUCAAGACAACUUAUCAAUAUUUCUUUUCUGCCCUGCACAUGCCCAAUUGGACUCAAACCAACUCGAUCCGAUACUGAAUGCAAGUGUGACUGUGAUCCAUUCUUGCAACAAGGAUAUCCGAUAACAAACUGUUCUGAGAAAAAUGGUACCAUAACGCUUGAAAGUAAUACCAACAUAUGGAUAGAAUUCAUAAAUACCACCAAUGGAACGUAUGUUAUUAGUAACUGUACAUUUGACUAUUGCGUAGGAAAACCAGUCAACAUCAGUCUAAGCAACCCUGACGAACAGUGUGCCUACAAUCGAACUGGGGUCUUGUGUGGAGAAUGUAAACCAGGACUAAGUCUUGUGUUGGCCACGUCAAACUGUAUAGAAUGCUCUGAUCUUUACCUUCUUCUACUAAUUCCAUUUGCGCUGGCUGGCAUAUUGCUAGUUGCUUUAAUUCUCGUGCUCAACAUCACUAUAGCAACUGGAAAUAUUCAUGGCCUCAUUUUCUACGCCAACAUAGUAGCUGCUAAUACAGCAAUUUUCUUUCCUAAUUUAAACAACUUUUUAACAGUUUUUGUAUCAUGGGUGAAUCUUGACAUGGGAAUCGAAACAUGCUUUUACAAUGGAAUGAACUCUCAAGCAAAAGUACUCCUUCAACUUGUCUUCCCAGCUUACGUGUUUCUUCUAAUGUUUCUUGUAAUCAUUUUGAGCAAGUACUUUAACUCAUUUGCAAAGCUCCUCUCCAACAGGAAUCCUGUUGCUGCCCUAGGCACACUUGUCCUACUCUCUUAUUCCAAAUUCUUGCGUUUUAUCAUUGCUGCACUACAACACAGGGUCUUAGAGUAUCCUGAUGAUACAAAUGAAAUAGUUUGGCUGUACAAUGGCAAUGUGAAAUACUUCACUAUCAAUCACAUCCCUCGGUUUGUUGCAGCCGCCAUAAUUCUCAUUGCCGGUGGAUUGUUCACUGUAUUGCUCGUUUUUGGACAAUGGUUUCCUCGCUGUUCAAAGGUUUUUAAAUGGACUGAGAACACAAAAUACAUUGGCUUCAUGGAUGCAUACCAUGCUCCAUUCACUCCCAAGCAUCGCUAUUGGGUGGGACUGCUCCUCUUUGCUCUGAUUACUCAUAAUCUAGUAGUUGCCAUGGCUCCAGACACGUCUCUCCCUAUUCUAUCAUCUGGGGUCCUAUCAGUUGGACUGAUUGGAUGGAAACUACUGAAUAAUCGUUCUUAUAAAAAUAAGUUCUGUGGUUCCCUUGAAACUCUCUAUCUACUCAAUGUUGCUAUUUUUGCAUUUGGCACCUUCUAUGUCAAAGAUACAAAGAAAGAUCAGUCAGUACUAGCCGAUACUUCGAUGGCUAUAUCAUUCAUUCUGUUUGUGACAACACUUUGCUACCAUUUUUACCAAUCCGUGCUCAAGAAGCUCAGUAUGUGGCUGAAGAUAGAGGACAACAUAAGGAACUUAAGAUCUGGAGUUGCAGACAUGAGACUCCAACGAGCUAAUAAUAGCCGGGAAAAGUAUCAGCAAGUAAACGAUGACGAUCAAUUUCUUGAAGUAGUCGACGACUAUGAACAAAGACACCCCGUGGACCCACCUUACACUGAUAGAACCGUGGAGGAAGCUGACCCUAAUCGUUACAUCACUCCUCCCAUCAUCAGAUCAGCCAUGAGGUCUGACCAGCUGAGACUAUCCUACUUGGAUGAACUAACCCCCCUACUAACUAGCCCCCCCACAGAGGACUACAGAUCAGCCCCUCCCCCUACGAGUGUCAACCGUGAUCCCAUUGUUACACACACAGAAAUUUCCUCCAUAAAUAAUGAUGAAGUAUGAACUGUCUUAUUUAGCUAACUUAAAGUUACCCCUAAACUUUCGUAGGCAAUGUAUUCUAUAGUUAUAUAACUGCUGUUCGCAAUUUGAUUGUUUUGUGUUAAUAAAUAUAUUAGAGAUAGACAUUUUUUUUGCUAUAAUUAAUUAUA